AUGACAUACGAUGCUUCAAUCGGGCUCUUUGUGUUGAAAGUCGCCUUCUGCGCCAGUGUGUGUAAAGGCUGCACUUUCGACGGAACUAUUUAUUUUCUCAUCCGUAAUCUAAUAUUCAGUCAAUUCUGCAAGAUGAAUAAGUUGAUCUUCGCUCUCGCCUGCGCCCUCGCCGUUACUGGCGUCAUGGCUGCCGACACGUGCUAUCAGGACGUGUCAAUGGACUGCGGUCAAGCCUCCAACAGCCUCGCGCUGCCAAGGUGUAACGCGGUGUAUGGCAACUAUGGCCGCCAUGGCAACGUCGCUACCGAGCUCCAGGCGUACGCCAAUCUGCAUCUGGAACGUUCCUACCACCAUUGUGGUUAUGGAAUCUUACCAAAUCCUGAGAUCGCCCAAUACCUGGAGGAGGAGUUCGUCGAGAAGCACGCGGAGACCAUCAGGAACCUCGCCGGCCACACCGCCGACCUGAAGAAGUUCAUCCUCGCAAACAACGGCCAAGACCUGUCCCUUGCGCUGUACCUCUUCGACGAGUACCUCCAGAAGGUCGCC